UGGCGUCUAGUCUACAUACUGUACUAGAAUCAAGAACCAACUCACAGCUCCUCACCAAUUCAAAUUCUCUCUUUCUACAAACAGUUUGGCCUCCCACUCUUGACAAAACAAAUUGUGUUUCUCAUCCUUUUCCCUCUACCAUCAACCACCAAAACACAAGAAAAACACACACAUAUAUUUAGCCAGAGAAUUGAUUCAAGAUCAAGAAAUCAAAGCCCUAGAAAUGGGAGAUUACAGAUCAAAGUCGUUUGCAGAUGGGUGCAGGAAUGAUAUGUAUCAGAUGGAGAGGUACAGCGGGUACCAGUAUGCAGAUUUCAGAUCACCCCCACCCCUACCCCUGGCUCUACCCCCACCCCCACAGCUGAAGAAGGGGAAGAGCAGAAGUGGGUCAACUUCGAGGUCAUGGAGCAUGAAUGACCCGGAGUUUCAGAGGAAGAAGAGGGUGGCUAGCUACAAAGUAUACUCUGUUGAAGGGAAAGUGAAGGGGUCUUUCAAGAGGAGUUUCAGGUGGCUUAGGGAGAAGUAUUCCCAUGUUGUUUAUGGCUGGUGGUGAUCCUGAUCGAUUAUAUUAUAUAUCACUGUUCUAAUUGCUCUCACUCUUAUCUGGGGAAAGUGUUUUUCUCUAUUUUAGUUUCUCUCUGUGUUGUGAUUGAUAGCUGUGAGGUGGAAGUGAUCGAUUGAGUUUUGCUUCCUGGGCUAUCAACGUAUACAAUCAUAAUACUGGGUUUUUUUCUUAAUAUUAUCAAUGGAUGUUUCCUUGGAUCUGCAA